AUGGCCGACAUUCCCAAGGAAUGCAAGGGUGCUGUAGUGGUUGACGAAGGCCCGAAUUUCCGAGUCGAAGUUCGAAACGUCGCCGUUCCUGAGAUUGGCCCCGAGGACGUUUUGAUCAAGAUCAACGCAACCGGACUUUGCAUGAGCGAUGUACAUUUCAUGUCCAACGACUGGGGUAUUGCACCCAUGUCCUACUUUGGGACGCAGUGUGCUGGGCAUGAAGGUGCUGGGGUCAUUGUCAAGGUCGGAGAACGUGUCAAGAGACUCAAAGUCGGCCAAAGAGCGGGCUUCAAGCCGAUAGCAGAGACCUGUGGAUGGUGCGACCUUUGUAUUAGUGGUCAAGACCAAUACUGUGCAGCGGCCAAGCUAACAGGCUUUCUUACCGACGGCGAGUCAACAGGGUAUCAAGGGAAGAGACUGCAUGCUAACGCAGCCAUAGGGACAUACAAACAAUACCUGAGGAGCCCCGAAGCAUACACGACACUCAUCCCCGACGGCGUCCCCGACCAUAUUGCAGGACCAGUCAUGUGUUCAGCCUCGACCAUGUACAGCUCGCUCAAAGAAUCAGGGCUACGCCCGGGAGACUGGGCGGUUUUCGUUGGUGGUGGUGGCGGGGUGGGCAUCCAGGGCGUCCAACUCGCUUCAGCCAUGGGCAUUCGCCCUAUCGUGGUCGACUCGGGGCGGGAGAAACGCAAAGUAGCCCUGGAGUAUGGCGCAGAGGCAUUCCUGGAUUUCAAAGAGUCCAAAAACGUUGCAGCCGAAGCAGUGGCCACUUGUGGAGGUAUUGGAGCACACGGUGUGUUUGUGACAGCAGGUGAAGGCUACCCAACGGCACUGUCAUUCCUGGGCAACCGUGUUGGAGGAAAAGUGAUGUGCGUUGCCCUUCCUACUGUGGGUUUGUACCCUAUGAACGUCAACGCUGCCGAAUUGAUUACCAAGAAGAAGUCGAUAAGUGGCACUAUGGUCAGCAGUAUGGCCGACGUGCACAAGACACUGGAAUUCGCCCAGCGCGGAAUCUUACGGCUACGGCCAGAGAUCGUGGGUUUGUCAAAAUUCAAUGAUGCAGUGCAACGACUGAAGAAGGGAGAGGUGGCCGGGCGAAUUGUUGUAGACUUUAACCUAGAAUGA